CCGGAAACCCCGUUCAAUUCCCACACAGCAAAGUUGGGGCUGCAGUUUUUUUUCACCAGCACCAGCAUUAGCGGAAAAAAGGGCUUUUGGAAGAUCGAUAUGGCCUUGUAGGCUUCUCUAGAUACUUAUCACACCUCCUACAUCCACUUUUUUCACCUCCUCCGGGCCGUUUAUCCCAGUGAAAGCAGAGGAGGUGCAGAUGUGCUUGGCUCUUUUUCUCGGACUUUUCUCGGGACUGUGGUUGUUGUUGUAAACAUGCAGCCUCCGCCAAGGAAGGUGAAAGUCAGCCAGGAGCUGAAGCACACACAUGCAGAGCAGUUGAGCAGACUCCAUGUGAAACACCAGACUGACUGUGACCUUCUGGAAGACCUGAGAACAUACAGCCAGAAGAAGGCCGUUAUAGAAAAGGACUAUGCCCAGGCACUACAGAAGCUGGCCUCGCAGUACCUGAAGAGGGACUGGCCUGGGGUCCAGGGAACCCCAGAGGAACAGAAAGACUACAGGAACGUUUGCACGGUAUGGAGGGCGUAUUUGGAGGGUGUGGUGAAAGUGACCCAGUCUCGGAUCAGUGGCUGCGACAGCUACAGGAGCCAGGUCUCCGAGCCAAUCAAAACCGUCCGCGCCCACAAAGAGCAGCAGCUGAAGAAGUGUAUCGAGCAGCUGACACGGGUUCAGGCCGAGCUGCAGGACACAGUGAAGGACCUGACCAAGUCCAGGAAAAAGUACCAAGAGGCGGAGCAGAUGGCCCAAGCUGUGAGGGAAAAAGCAGACAUGGAGGCCAAGUCAAAACUCAGUCUCUUCCAGUCCCGAUCCAGUUUAAAAAGAGCAAGUGUGAAGUUGAAAGCCAAGAGGAAUGAAUGUAACUCCAAAGCAACCCAUGCCAGGAACGAGUACCUGCUCACCCUGGCAGCAACCAACGCCCACCAAGGCCGUUACUACGGGACUGAUCUGAUCAGCUGCAUUAAGAUUCUGGACGGCAGCGUAUAUGAUCACAUGAAGGGCUAUCUAGUUUCACUGUGUCAGGCAGAGCUGGAGGCAUCCCACAUCGUUCAAGACACCUUUAACUUCCUGCUGGAGAAAUCCACUGGGGUAAUGCAGGACUUUCACCAGGAGCUCUUUAUCCAGGAGAACCCUCUGCUUCAGAAGGCUCACCUCUUCCAGUUCCAACCCUGUGACAAUGACUCGGUAAUACAGCUACAAAAAGACAGCGACACAGCGGAGGAGCACAGUCUGAACAAAGAGGCGAGGAAAUGGGCCACCCGUGUCGCCCGGGAGCACAAGAACAUUAUCCAUAAUCAGCGGACUCUGUCAGAGUGCGAAGGACCACCUCAGCAGGAGCAGAACUCCAAUGAGUUGGAGCUGAAGAUGGAGGAAGCAAGAGAGAGCAUCCGAAAAGCUGAAACAGUAAAGCUGAAGGCUGAGGCUCGCCUCAACCUGCUCAGAGAUGUGGGCGUGGCUGUGGAUACCUGGAUGAAAAGCGCCAUGAACCAGGUGAUGGAGGAGCUGGAGAAUGAGAGAUGGGCCACACUUACCACCCACGAUGCUUCACUCUCUAGUACAGCAGAUUUGGACAGAGAGGAUGAUGAGGAGACGGAAGACACAGAAACGCUGGAUGACAGCAGCUCCAGUCCCUCCAGCACCUUGAGGAACUACCCGCUCACUUGCAAAGUGCUUUACUCAUACCAGGCAUCCCAACCAGAUGAGCUGACUAUUGAGGAGCAGGAAGUACUGGAAGUAAUAGAUGAUGGUGAUAUGGAAGACUGGGUUAAGGCCAGAAACAGAGCAGGUCAGGUGGGCUAUGUUCCUGAGAAGUACCUGCAGCUGCCCUCUUCUAACAGCCUCCUGAGCAUGCUCCAGUCUCUGGCAGCCCUGGACACCCGCUCCCAUUCCUCCAGUAACUCCACCGAGCAGGAACUCGAGCCUGCCACUGAGCAUGCACAGACCAGCCCUAAUGGAGACAAUAGUGUGAACUUCGCGAAGGCGCUGUACGAUUAUGAGGCUCAGACUGAGGAUGAACUGUCUUUCCCUGAGGGCGCCAUCAUUCGCAUUCUGAGCAAAGACAACCAGGAGGACGACGGCUUCUGGGAGGGUGAAUUCAAUGGCAGCGUGGGUGUGUUCCCUGCUGUGCUGGUAGAAGAUCUGGCUGGCCCGAGUGGCGAGGACUCUCACAGAAGCAUGGAUGCACAGGCAUCUCCUUGCUCCCAGGGUCGCCCCCCUCGUCCUCUCUCUACAACUCAAUACCAGCCGCCAGCCUGCAGCAGCCCCCUCUCCAGUCCUUUACCAACCCCUACACUGCCCUCACCCCUCUCUAGCCCGGCCAGUGCCUCGGCCUCCCCUCUCCAAAGCCCACGUUCCCUCAACGGCUACCACAGACCAGCACCAGCCCCACCUAAAACGUCCAGCAACAGCCGUUCCCACAGCUCCACCCCACCACCCAGGUACCCUGCAGAUGGAGGACCAGGAACAUUGAGACCUGUGCGUGCUGCUCCUCCUCCUCCUCCUCCCAAACAACAGGCUCAGGGCCAAGUACAGAAGAGGGAAGAGGUGGAGAUCACGCUGGUGUGAGGUCACUGCCCUGGUGGUUGCAUCUUGUUUAAACAGAACUGCUGUGGCGGUCCCUGGGCCCACUUUGUGUGUAGGAAAAUUUGGAUUAGUCCAAGUCGAGGCAACAAGGAAAGAUCGGAUGCAUCUGGAAUGCAUUUGGAGACAGCAGAGUUUAACCAAGCUAAAGGACCAGACAGCCAUCACCGCACAGGACCCAAACCCAGCUUCCUCACUCGGCAUCUACAUCUCAAGAGUGUAAUGGUUUUUUAUCUUCUACAGUGAAGUUUACACACUUAAACCAGUGAAUAUGAACCGAGGAACACUGGGGAAUCAUUGAAAACCAUUGGAUUGGCGGUCUACAGAGAAACCCUGUUUUUUUUGGGUCAAGUCCUUUCACUGGGCGCUCAAGAUGAAUUUAGCACAUUUCAGUAAACACAAAAAAGGAAUUAACAGCACUGGCUAAUCUGGCAUUCAACUCUGUUGUUCACUUCCUGUGGAAACGCAUAUUCACAGUGCUGGCAGGGGCUGGCUUCCCCAGCCAAGAUCACAAA